CAUAGACUUUAUUUUUUUUCAAAUGUCACAUAUAUCUUUCAUUAUUUGUAGAUUUAUUUCUUUUAUGAAGUAGUCGAAUGAAUCAGCUCACCCUUGACUGUAACAAAAUACUGUUUGGUGACUUGUGACAGACAGGGUUUUAACCUCUGACAGCGAGAUUCAUUGUGGAGCAAGAGCCAAUCAUAGAUCCUGACGACACUUGUCUCAUCAAAGUUGGAAUAUAAAAAGCCACUUGGAAUACAGUAUAAAAGAUUCACUGGUGUGGCAAGUUGUCUCUCAGACUGUACAGACAUUAAAAUUGUGCUUGGCAUUACUCAAAAGCAAAAGAAAAGUAAAAGGAAGAAAUAAGAACAAGGAAAAAGAUUGUAUUGAUUUUAAAAUCAUGCAGAAACUGCAAAUCUAUGUUUAUAUUUACCUGUUUAUGCUGAUUGUUGCUGGUCCAGUGGAUCUAAAUGAGAACAGUGAGCAAAAAGAAAAUGUGGAAAAAGAGGGGCUGUGCAAUGCAUGUACUUGGAGACAAAACACUAAAUCUUCAAGAAUAGAAGCCAUAAAAAUUCAGAUCCUCAGUAAACUUCGCCUGGAAACGGCUCCCAACAUCAGCAAAGAUGCUAUAAGACAACUUUUGCCCAAAGCUCCUCCGCUCCGGGAACUGAUUGAUCAGUACGAUGUCCAGAGAGAUGACAGCAGUGAUGGCUCUUUGGAAGACGACGAUUACCACGCUACCACGGAAACGAUCAUUACCAUGCCCACCGAGUCUGAUCUUCUAAUGCAAGCAGAAGGAAAACCCAAAUGUUGCUUCUUUAAAUUUAGCUCUAAAAUACAAUAUAAUAAAGUCGUAAAGGCCCAACUGUGGAUAUAUCUGAGACCCGUCAAGACUCCUACAACAGUGUUUGUGCAAAUCCUGAGACUCAUCAAACCCAUGAAAGACGGUACAAGGUAUACUGGAAUCCGAUCUCUGAAACUUGACAUGAACCCAGGCACUGGUAUUUGGCAGAGCAUUGAUGUGAAGACAGUGUUGCAAAAUUGGCUCAAACAGCCUGAAUCCAACUUAGGCAUUGAAAUCAAAGCUUUAGAUGAGAAUGGUCAUGAUCUUGCUGUAACCUUCCCAGGACCAGGAGAAGAUGGGCUGAAUCCCUUUUUAGAAGUCAAGGUGACAGACACACCAAAAAGAUCCAGACGAGAUUUUGGGCUUGACUGUGAUGAGCACUCAACAGAAUCUCGGUGCUGUCGUUACCCUCUCACUGUGGAUUUUGAAGCUUUUGGAUGGGAUUGGAUUAUUGCACCCAAAAGAUAUAAGGCCAAUUACUGCUCUGGAGAGUGUGAAUUUGUGUUUUUACAAAAAUAUCCUCAUACUCAUCUUGUACACCAAGCAAACCCCAGAGGUUCAGCAGGUCCCUGCUGUACUCCCACCAAGAUGUCUCCAAUUAAUAUGCUAUAUUUUAAUGGCAAAGAACAAAUAAUAUAUGGGAAAAUUCCAGCCAUGGUAGUAGAUCGCUGUGGGUGCUCAUGAGAUUUACAUUUGGUUCAUAACUUCCUAAAAUAUGGAAGGCCUUCCCCUCAACAAUUUUGAAACUGUGAAAUUAUGUACCACAGGCUAUAAGCCUUGAGUAUGCUACAGUUACUUACGCACAAGCUCAGUAUAUGGACUA